AUGAAUGUUGUGCAAUCUGAGCGAUUGCCGACUCUGUAUGAGGUGCUGAACCGUCAGACUUUCACUCCAGUUGAUCUAUGGUCGUUCUAUACUUUCCUGUCUCAGUACCCGUAUGCAAUCAGGUUUUUGGACUUUUGGAUUGAUACAAUGGCUCACCUACGGCUGUGCAAGGACUACGUUCGCGGAAUUCGCGAAAGUGUGGCAGAAUGGGAGGUUUCUCAGGAGAAAUCCAAAAAAUCCAUUGGUAAGAACGAUAACGCUGUCGAGACACCUGAAAACAGAAACUCCAUGUCCAGCUCGCUGCUGUUGGAGGCUCUUAUGAACGAUGGCUUUCUGGAUUUCGAAGACAGCAAGCGUGUCUCACAGUUUUUGCAAGGCCAAACUGACUCUCCAAGGCUAACACAUCUGCUGGAAAACUGGCAAAAACAAACCGACCAGGAAUUGAACUCAGAAGCGCCCUUCAGAAGUCCGCUCACGGGCCUAGUGGACGACUUUCUCAAAACACAGGCCAAGGACUUCCAUAAAGCUCAAAUUACGUCAAAACAGCUGCUCAGCAACGCACAGACCAUAGUACAUACCUAUCUUGAGUCUCCGCACGAUAGUCCUCGAUACUUGAUACAACUGCCGGACCACGUGCGCCAGCAAGCGGUGUACAUGGUGCAAACGGAAAAGCGACACGAUCCCGACGUGUUUGAGAAAUUGAAGUCUAUUGCGUUCCAGUUUAUGGAACUAGAGUGCUUUCCGCAGUUUCUGACCCGUAUGGCGCUGCAUAACCUUCAUGACGACAUCACCAAGGAGACACCACGACAAAUCGUGGAAUCCAAGAGCCCCUCGCGCCGGAGAACGAACCCUUUCUCGCAGUAUACAGCACUUUCGCGCAUUGGUUUGGGGAUGGUGUUUGUGUGGAUGGGGCUGUGGUUGGGCUACGUUCUCGUUUUUUUGAAUUACAACAGAGGCAUCAGGGUCACAACCAUAAUACCGUUUUUCUUGGGUUUCUACUUUAUUUGGUGUGGCAUAUACCGCAUCGACGUUCUGUACGCCGUCUGUGGUGUCACGCAAUCGCUGGUAUCGAAUGAGCUGGUCUCGACCAAAGACCUCGAAAUAGGGCUCAAUCGAAACUCUGCGAAUCACCGCAUGGGCCAUAGCGCUCCAAUCUUCUUACGCUUAUUUGGUGGCACCAGCAGGCUGGUGAAAAUACGAACUCCAUUAAUUGACAGCAUGAUCAGAAGGCGCGCCUAUUGGUGUUUAUUUCUGAUUCUGGUGAGUACGGGGAUCUUUACCGUGAUAUUCAGCUGCGUGCCAGGUCAUAGAUUGUAG